UGACAGCCUCUAUAAUGUUGACAUUCCUGCCCCUUCGCUGGUAUGCGGUUUGUUUUGGUUUCGUUCUUUACGCGUAAAUCAUCUUCUAUCCCAUGCAAGCAUUGCAUGUGGUUCGUUCUGUGCAAUAGUAAAAUUAAGUUUUAGAAAAUGACAUCCAAAAAUGUCAUGUCUCGAUUGUUCGUAGUGUCCUCUGUUGGUUUCGGUGGCUAUCUAACGGGAACAUAUCUCGAACGACGGAAGUUGCUCUGGCGUACUGAUUAUGUAAACACCGGCAAGGUGGAAGAGCGGUUCUGCUCCAAACCAGGCCUGCCCAUAUUCGGAACCGUGUCGGCAGCAACUCCCAUCCCUGCUGAAAGUCAAUCAUCGGCCCUGGUAAACGUGAGCCGUGUUGGUCAGAUAAUGAAGUACGGGUUUCCCGGUUUGGACAAUGUACGAUCAUUCGACGAUUACGUACUUUCAUACGAUAGAAGGACACGUGUCGCACAUUGGGUAUUUGAGCAUCUAACACCUCAAUCGGUAAAGCACAAUGAUGCCGUUGAUCGAGCAAAAAGCGAUUUCAAAGCGGAUGAAAGUGUCCAUCCGUUCUUCCGCUCUUUAAACACCGACUACAAAGGGUCUGGGUUUGAUCGGGGUCAUCUGGCUGCGGCGGGAAAUCAUCGGAUGAAGCAAAAGCAUUGCGAUCAGACGUUCUUCUUGACAAACAUGGCACCGCAGGUCGGUGUAGGUUUCAAUCGCGAUAAAUGGAACCAUCUUGAGCGACACGUCAGAAAGCUAACGAAACAGUACCCAAAUGUUUACUGCUGUACUGGACCAUUGUAUUUGCCACGAAGGGGAGACGAUGGCAAGCUGUACGUGAAGUACCAAGUGAUCGGAUCAAACAACGUAGCCGUUCCGACACAUUUCUAUAAGAUUGUUGUAAUGGAAACGACCGAUGGUCGGUUGGAGAUGGAAUCGUACGUACUGCCAAAUCAAAAAAUAGACGAUGGGACACCGUUGUCCAUGUUCCAGGUACCACCGGAGACGGUCGAACGAGCGGCCGGGUUGCUGUUCUUUGACAAGAUUGCCAGAAACAAACUGGCGAAGAUAAAUGGGAAGAAAGUGUGAAAAACGGACAGCGAGAAAAUAAUAAAGCUGAACAUGUGUAACAUAAA